AUGCGCGUCGUUGCCGUCUUCGCUGCCCUUCUGACCUUGGCCUACGCUGCCCCUUCUCUGGAAGCGAGACAGCAGGGUGAGAAGUGCAUUUCCAUUUCCCCGACACCUGUGGCGCCCACGGCCGAGUCAAGUGUGACGGUUCAGGCUCUAUUCUCGUUUGCUGCGAACGUUGCUAUUAAGCCUGUAUCGAUAGGAAAAGGAACGACUAUGUGA